UCCCUUUCAAAGAUGGCCGCCCUGUUGUUUUGAUGAAUAAUACUUGGUGGGGCGAGGGGGUAAGAGUAGGGUUGGAGGGGUAGGAGGUUUUACGCUUACAGCGAGCGCUUCGCCAGUCCCAUCCCUCCCCUCCCCCUACCAAGGUUCUUGCGUGGAGGCGGGGCGAGCCUGGCCUGCUUUUAGAGGGGAGGGGCUUCCCGGUACGGUGCUGGGCUCUGCCUUGGCUGCUGUAGGGUCGCAGCGCCUUGGGGGCAUCCACUGUGCAGUAUAGCCGUUCCCGCCAGGGGCCAGGGGUGGGACCCUGAGCAGGGUCUGCGGGAGAAAAACGCAGCUGCCGCGUCACCGCCACGAAGACACGGCGCGCAGCGGGCACGAGCCGAGCUGGAGACCGCGCCGCCCGCUCUGGGUAACCUGGGAAGCUGAGGGGAGUCAGUGGCGCCUGGAGAGGACCCUGUAGCAGUGGCCGUGGCCAGAGGCGGCAGCUCUGGGCGCUUGCAGCUGGAGAAGCCUAGGGCAGUCCGAGUGACCGAAGCCAAGGCGAUUCAGUGCCUCGUGUUCUUAGUUUUUAACCUCUGACUAUGCAAUUCUGAAACCUCCCCCAUUGGGGGACCAGACAGCCCGAUAGAUACCUUCCACUCUCCUUUGCUCCCGCCCUGGUCUCAAGAACUGAAGGAUCUCUCUAACGCCUUUCACCAUUAAGAGGAAAGCGAUGGAGGAGCUGAGCGCUGACGAGAUUCGACGGAGGCGCCUGGCACGACUUGCUGGUGGACAGACCUCCCAGCCGACCACCCCGCUUACAUCUCCCCAGAGGGAGAACCCUCCAGGACCUCCAAUAGCUGCAUCAGCCCCAGGCCCCUCCCAGAGCCUUGGUCUCAAUGUCCACAACACGACCCCAGCUACCUCCCCCAUAGGUGCAGCAGGAGUUGCCCAUCGGAGCCAGAGCAGUGAAGGCGUCAGUUCUCUUAGCAGCUCACCUUCCAACAGCCUUGAGACGCAAUCUCAGUCCCUCUCACGUUCCCAGAGCAUGGAUAUCGAUGGUGUCUCCUGUGAGAAGAGCAUGUCCCAGGUGGAUGUGGAUUCUGGAAUUGAGAAUAUGGAGGUGGACGAGAACGACCGAAGAGAAAAACGGAGCCUGAGUGACAAGGAGCCUUCUUCAGGUCCUGAAGUGUCUGAAGAGCAGGCCUUACAGCUGGUCUGUAAGAUCUUCCGUGUCUCCUGGAAGGACCGCGACAGAGAUGUCAUCUUCCUUUCUUCUCUCUCUGCGCAGUUUAAACAGAACCCAAAAGAAGUGUUCUCUGAUUUUAAGGAUCUGAUUGGCCAGAUUUUAAUGGAAGUGCUGAUGAUGUCCACUCAGACACGAGAUGAAAAUCCGUUUGCCAGUCUGACGGCCACAUCCCAGCCCAUCUCCACGGCAGCUCGGUCACCAGACAGAAACCUCAUGCUGAACACAGGCUCCAGUUCGGGGACAAGUCCCAUGUUCUGCAGCUUGGGUUCCUUCAGCGCCAGCUCACUCUCCAGCCUCUAUGAAACGAGCCCCGCCCCCUCUACCAGUCUGUGGAGCUUUGUGCCGGGGCUCAGCCCGUCCUUUGCCUCACCUUCCCACACAGCCCCCGCCUCGGCUGUGCCUUCCCCAUCCCUCAGCUCCCACAACACAGCUUCUGUCAUUGCUGCCGGAAGCCAGCCGUCAUCCCCGAGGUAUCGGCCCUACACCGUCACGCACCUGUGGGGGUCUUCACCUUGCCCCACUCCACGAUCCUCCAUUCUUGCUAACUCCCCAGGCUUCCCUGCCCACUCAAGUAGUCCCCGGGCAGUACCUGCCAGCUCCUCCAGACAGAGGCCCCGCAGCAGGGCCCCCGCCUUCCCACCCGCCUCGCCCAGUGCUGCCAGCAGACGUCCCUCCUCCCUGCGGAUCUCUCCUAGUAUGUACGGCAGUCCUUUCUCCUCCCUCUUCCUCGCACUUUCUGGGGACAGUAGUGAUGAAGAAGAAGAAGAAGAUGAGGAGGAGGAUGAUGAUGAAGGUGGUGGUGAUGAUGAUUUUUCUUGUGUCCAGUUUGGGUCCAGUUUGGGAGCCUCUGGUGGAGCAAGUACCUGGGAUUCGUACAGUGACCAUUUCACCAUUGAAACCUGCAAAGAGACGGACAUGCUGAACUACCUCAUCGAGUGCUUUGACCGAGUUGGAAUAGAGGAAAAAAAAGCACCAAAGAUGUGCAGCCAGCCAGCAGUCAGCCAGCUUCUGAGCAACAUCCGCUCGCAGUGCAUCUCCCACACCGCGCUAGUGCUACAAGGGUCCCUCACACAGCCCAGGUCCUUGCAACAGCCAUCCUUCCUCGUGCCGUACAUGCUCUGCAGGAAUCUCCCGUACGGCUUCAUUCAAGAGCUGGUGAGGACCACUCACCAGGAUGAAGAGGUGUUCAAGCAGAUCUUUAUCCCCAUUUUACAAGGCCUGGCGCGUGCUGCCAAAGAGUGCUCCUUGGAUAGCGACUACUUUAAGUACCCCCUCAUGGCACUGGGUGAACUCUGUGAAACCAAGUUCGGGAAGACACACCCUAUGUGCAAUUUGGUCGCCUCCUUACCCCUGUGGUUGCCGAAGUCCUUAAGCCCUGGUUCUGGGCGGGAGCUGCAGAGACUCUCCUACUUAGGGGCCUUCUUUAGCUUCUCAGUCUUCGCAGAGGACGAUGCAAAGGUGGUUGAGAAAUACUUCUCAGGGCCUGCCAUUACCCUGGAGAACACCCGUGUGGUCAGCCAGUCACUACAGCAUUACCUGGAGCUGGGACGGCAAGAGCUUUUCAAGAUUCUGCAUAGUAUUUUGUUAAACGGCGAAACUCGUGAAGCAGCGCUCAGUUACAUGGCAGCCAUUGUCAAUGCCAAUAUGAAGAAAGCGCAGAUGCAGGCAGAUGAUCGGUUGGUGUCUACAGACGGGUUCAUGCUGAAUCUCCUUUGGGUCCUGCAGCAGCUAAGUACAAAAAUCAAGUUAGAAACAGUCGACCCCACUUAUAUAUUCCACCCGAGAUGUCGGAUCACUCUGCCAAACGAUGAGACACGGAUAAAUGCAACGAUGGAGGAUGUGAACGAGUGGCUGACAGAGCUCUAUGGAGAUCAGCCUCCAUUUUCUGAGCCAAAAUUCCCUACGGAAUGCUUCUUUCUCACCCUGCACGCUCACCAUCUCUCUAUCCUACCUAGUUGUCGUCGCUACAUUCGCCGGCUCCGAGCCAUCCGUGAGCUCAAUAGAACCGUGGAAGAUUUGAAAAAUAAUGAAAGCCAGUGGAAAGAUUCCCCACUGGCCACCAGACACCGCGAAAUGCUGAAGCGCUGUAAAACUCAGCUUAAGAAACUGGUACGGUGCAAGGCCUGUGCUGACGCUGGCUUACUUGACGAGAGCUUCCUAAGAAGAUGUCUGAAUUUUUAUGGCCUUCUCAUUCAGCUGAUGCUGCGCGUCCUGGACCCUGCAUAUCCUGACAUAACACUGCCUUUAAAUUCAGAAGUCCCCAAGGUAUUUGCAGCAUUGCCUGAGUUUUAUGUAGAAGAUGUUGCUGAAUUUUUAUUUUUUAUUGUACAAUACUCUCCUCAGGUGCUUUAUGAGCCCUGCACUCAGGACAUUGUGAUGUUCCUCGUUGUGAUGCUGUGCAACCAGAACUACAUCCGAAACCCUUACCUAGUGGCCAAGCUCGUGGAGGUCAUGUUUAUGACCAACCCCUCUGUUCAGCCGAGAACUCAGAAGUUUUUUGAGAUGAUUGAGAAUCAUCCUCUCUCUACCAAAUUGCUGGUACCAUCCCUCAUGAAGUUCUAUACAGACGUCGAGCAUACUGGAGCCACCAGCGAGUUCUAUGACAAGUUCACAAUUCGCUAUCACAUCAGCACUAUUUUUAAAAGCCUUUGGCAAAACAUAGCUCACCAUGGCACCUUCAUGGAGGAGUUCAAUUCUGGAAAGCAGUUCGUUCGGUAUAUCAACAUGCUGAUAAAUGACACGACCUUUUUACUGGACGAAAGUCUGGAGUCUCUGAAGCGGAUCCAUGAAGUGCAAGAGGAGAUGAAGAACCAAGAGCAGUGGGACCAGCUGCCCCGGGAUCAGCAGCAGGCCCGGCAGUCUCAGCUUGCUCAGGACGAGCGUGUUUCCCGUUCCUAUCUCGCCCUGGCGACUGAAACCGUGGACAUGUUCCAUCUCCUCACCAAGCAAGUCCAGAAGCCGUUCCUGAGGCCAGAACUUGGUCCCCGGUUAGCAGCCAUGCUGAACUUUAACCUGCAGCAGCUCUGCGGGCCCAAGUGCCGGGACCUCAAAGUGGAAAACCCAGAGAAGUACGGUUUUGAGCCAAAGAAGCUGUUGGACCAACUGACGGAUAUCUACUUACAGCUGGACUGUGCUCGCUUUGCUAAAGCCAUCGCUGAUGACCAGCGAUCCUACAGCAAGGAACUGUUUGAAGAAGUCAUUUCAAAGAUGCGGAAGGCAGGAAUCAAAUCCACCAUCGCAAUAGAAAAGUUUAAGCUUCUUGCAGAGAAAGUGGAGGAAAUCGUGGCAAAGAAUGCUCGGGCGGAAAUAGACUACAGUGACGCCCCGGACGAGUUCAGAGACCCUCUGAUGGACACCCUGAUGACUGAUCCCGUGAGGCUGCCCUCUGGGACCAUCAUGGACCGUUCUAUCAUCCUGCGGCAUCUGCUCAACUCCCCCACCGACCCCUUCAACCGCCAGAUGCUGACUGAGAGCAUGCUGGAGCCAGUGCCAGAGCUAAAGGAGCAGAUUCAGGCCUGGAUGAGAGAGAAGCAGAGCAGUGACCACUAAGCGUCCCAUCCCAUCGCGUCCUCAGCUGGAAGCCGCCAGCCAGCCAGGCCAAAGCAGCAUCUGCCUCGAAGCUGCUUCCAACCAGAUGUGAGCAGAUCCUGAGAGCCCACCCCGAGUGACCAAGCAGUGGAGAUGGAGGGACAUGACAGAAGAGGAUUCCUGUACAUAUAUUUAAGUGACAACAGUCAAGCUUGAGGGACGAAUUUUCCGUGGCUUGUGUAGUAAAGCGCGCCCUUCGCCUGUCGCCCCUGGGGCUGCGGCAGCGGAAGUGUUUAGUGACGAGUGGGUCUGGGCAGCUUCCCCUGAGCUUAUGUUUUUGUUUUGUUUUUUUCGAUGUGACUAGAGAACUCGGACAUUUUGCUGCUAAAGAAUCUCCCCUCCCUCACCCACUGGCACUGCUGUGGGAUUUUUAAAGAGACACAGACCCAGACUCCUUUCCCCGCCCUCCAAACAUGUAUUCUGUGAGGUAACUGUGCCUGCGACGAAGUGUUAACCUGGGGAUCGUAUUUUUAUAUCAUAUUCACAGACUUGUUUUUUUAAUUGGUGUUAGAUGACAUGAUUAAUAAAAAAGGCAAGAUAUUUUCAGAAUUUGAAUUUCAGGUUUUUUUUUUCUUUUGAAAUAGCCCUUUACAUUUUUUUAUUAUAAACAAAAUGAAGAGAACCCUGUGGGCCUGGUCCUUCUACCACCCCUCAGUUAAGAUCCUGAGAAGCAGGUGCGACAGCAGGCUGGCUGGAGUGGAUCAGGACUCGUGUGACUUGUGGGGUUUGGGGGAGGUGAGGGUUGUGUUUUGUUUUCUGUUGGUUUUUUUUUUUUUUUUUUUUUUUUUUUUUUUUAAUCCUAUGACAAUUCCAAUCCUAAGCCGUUAUCCUCUGAGGAUGAAUAAGUUCCUCAACCCUGGGUUCUUUUUUGUAUGCUGUGUCCUUUUGGGGUUUGGCCUUGGCCAAAGCAAAAAAAAAAAAAGAAAAAAAAAAGGGUGCAAGAAAUGUGGAAAUCUGUCUGCUUGUUUACAUGCCCGGACAAACACCACCACGUAACCACGUAGGCGCACGCGAGCAGAAGUAUUACCGCUCCCUACGCAACAUACUUGAAUUCUUAAAUUUCCUUUGGGGUGAAAAAGGAUCUGAAACCAUAAAGUGUUUUAAAGAAAUGAAAUCUUCAGAAACACACUUUCUCCUCUUUCCCUUCCUCCUCUUCACAGUCUGUGCUCUGUUCAGUUCCCAACACAAACGACAAUAAACGGUGAUGCCCAUUCAGAAGGAA